AUGUCCUUCUCCAACAGCAGCGGUGGCACACUGGCCCUUCCGUCGCCAACACACGCUCACCAGAUCGACGUCACAUCAGCUGUGCGCACUCUGAGACGAUCUAUCUCACGAUCUCCCUCAUCAAAAUUCCUGUCGCGCUCUAACACGCAGAGCCCCGACAGCCCGCACCACACUUCCCCUCAAUCGCCCUGCCGCCGACUCGGCUCAACACCGCAGCAUCAACAUCCUCUGUCACCGCACGCUCGCUCAGCACCGCCUCACGCUAACGGCGCGGGCGCGCACCAGGCCAUAUUUACACCUUUCCGCCCGAGUGUCAGACUAUCACUGCGAUCAGCCAAAGCAGCAAAGACGUCUCCUUCAAGGCCCUUGACACGAGCGCGUGCAUCACCAAAGAGUCCCUUGAAAAGAGCGCUUAACACGGCACCCGACAGCGGCAACUCACUCCCAAUGGUGCCCACACCCGCUGUCAUUGAAUCAUCGGGGCAGGAGAACAACGCGCUUGGAGCCACAAGCCCCAAGAGCUCUGAGAAGCGCCACAGCGUGCACCUCGACGUCUCGGGCUCUUCUCAAUCUCCUUUCAAAUCCUUUGAUACUAACAACGACAACUUCAUGGUUUCGAACAACUGCCCGCUCAAGCGCAGCGAUGCGACCAUGAAUCUGGACCAGCCCAGCCAAGGAAGCCCGGUGGCUAAGCGACGGAGCUUGCAUGGAAUCACAGGACUGGGCCAGAACGAGGAUCAGAACAUUUUCGGUUCAAACACGACGUCUUCACAGAGCUUUUAUAUCCAUGAAGACGCGGCUGCUGAAUAUGAACUCUCCGCUAAUGGCGGCGCCCCAUCCCGCGAGCCACUACCUUCUCCUACGCCAACAACGACGGUUCCUAAGAGGUCGUCUUCGCUACGGAAAUCAACUCUUCAGCAAAGAUAUGGCGAGCGUGGAUCUUGGGGUAGGCGAUCGGGUGAGAGACAGCUUGCUCAGAUCAGCUCUGAGUUCUCACCAAGCCGGAGCCGACCACGACUUUCUCUGGACCAGUUCGUCCCUCCCCCCGUGCCUCAAGAAAGCCCCUUCAUUUCAACCACACCUACCUCUAAGCCGCCCACCUUCACCGGGGACAGGACCUUCCAGCCUCACCCCCUCUCCAAGACUCUCACAACAUCCUCUUCUGGCAACUCUCUGACGGAGGAGACGCCUAUCUAUGCUCCGGUUGCACGAAUGCCGGAUCGCCCCAGACCUCACCUGUUUUCUCGCUCUCUGCCUCUUAAUGCGACUCGACCGACAAGACCGAAUGACCCUUCGAGGGCGAUGGCGACUCCCAACAAGUCGCAACUGUGGGUUGGCGCUUUCAGCUCUACAGGCCUGGUUUCCAAGGUGAACCGAAACCCUGAAGAGGAGGCGGACAAGAAGAUGGCACCGCCAGACACUCCAUGCAAGAAGCACUCGAACCCCUUCGCCACCUUUCCUCCGCCAGCAGGAAGUGCCCUUAAGAAGAGGGGUAACAACCGUAAUUCUUUUGGAGGCAUUCCUUCUACACCUUUUAACCCUAUCGGCGCCCCAGCUCCCAACAGCUUUGGUAACCCUGGAAAGGGCUUGGCCAUCUUCCAGCGCGGUAAUGCCUCCCGAAGCUCACGCCGCAGCAGCAUCCUUAGCCUGGAUGGCGAGGAGCACAAGCUCUUUGGUGAAACCAUCGACUUUUCAAACCCCAUGGAGGGCGAUGCUCCCCCCACUCCCACAAAGAACAGUCUCACUCCUAGCCUGAGCAAGGUUAGCGAGAAGUCGUUCGAGUGCCACAGUGCCAAUCAAAGCCCAAGCGCAAACCGGACUCUUCACGCCCCCACCCCCAUUGUCGGUUCGACAAUACCUCGAGAAGCAACUUCGAGCCCUCUUGAUGGACGCCGUACACCACAGACUCCUCAGGAGAGUCUUCUCCCCCUCGAUACCAGCCGACUUUCGAUCUCUCAGACUAGCGAGAGCUACUCCGACAUGCCGCCUCCCGUCACACCUACAGCAGGCCGGGACCUUCGAUCAUCCACUAGCCUUCUUGUAACACCAGUCAACGCCCGCACGAGCAAUCUUGAUGUCGAUGCAAGCUUGAAUUCCCGAUUCGACAAGGUUGAACAGAUUGGCAAGGGCGAGUUUUCCACAGUCUACCGGGUGACCAAGGCGGAUCCCCGACAGAUGAACUUUGAGGGUCUGUCUACAACGCCAUGCUCCCGAAACCGUAGCCCCGCAAAGGGUCAGGUCUAUGCUGUGAAGAAGAGCAAGCACCCCUACCAUGGACCUCGAGAGCGGGAGAUUAAGGUUCGGGAGGCACGUAUUCUGCAGGCUCUGUCUCAUGCCGAGCAUGUGGUCAAGUACUAUGAUGACUGGGAGCACAACUUUCACCUGUACAUCCAGACAGAAUUCUGCGAGGAGGGCACACUUGAUAAGUUUCUGGGCAACGUCGGGCAAGGUGGCCGAUUGGAUGAUUUCCGCAUCUACAAGAUCCUGCAGGACCUUUGCUUGGGUUUGAAGGAGAUUCACGAUGCGGGGUUCAUGCACCACGACUUGAAGCCAGCCAACAUUCUCAUCACAUUUGAGGGUGUUCUCAAGAUUGGCGACUUUGGACUUGCCCAGGCUUGCACAUCCACUGAGGGCGUCGACGUAGAGGGUGAUCGCGAGUACAUGGCUCCAGAGAUGCUCGAGGGUAAGGCACGUCAAGCUGCCGAUGUCUUCUCGCUUGGACUCAUCAUCCUCGAAACGGCAGCUAAUGUCGUGCUCCCGGACAACGGUCCCACGUGGAUUGCCCUGCGUUCAGGUGACCUCUCCGAGGUGCCGAGUCUCACCUGGACACCAUCCAUUGAGGUCCAACGAGAUGCCACAGGAAACCCUACCGAGUCGGCUCACAGCGAUGAUUUCAUCAGCGGAAAGACGCACGAUCCUAGCAACCUGUUUGGCUCGUUUAAGCGAUCGGAACUGCAGCAACCCCCUGAAUUCAUGGUUAAUGCCAUGCACACCAGCUCCCUCGAUUCGAUUGUCCGAAUGAUGACGGCACAGGAACCUGAUGAGCGACCUACGGUGCACCAGGUGCUCGAGCUUGAGGGACUGCGGUGGGUUAGCGAACAUCGGGCCGCUCCAGCAACGGUAUACGAGGGAAACUGGGGACCAGCCGAAUUGUUCCCCGUGUCCAUCGCGGGUGAUAGCGACACUGAGAUGACGGAUGUUUGAGGAACAUUGGGAUUUUAUUUGAACCUGGAUAGGAGAGGAACUCCACCAGCAUUAUGUUGGACCGGGACAGUUGACUACGGGUUUAUACGCUCCGACUGGGUAUAAGGAGAAUGAGGCCACUGGGAGGAUUAUGUGCCUCGAUAUACCCACCACCUUUCUACCACACACACCAUACCAUACCACACCACGACACGAUACGACGGUACGACGAGAAAUGGAAGACGUCAGCGGGAGGCUGCUGUUUGCUAGGCGUUUUGUUGAGUCGGUUGUUUACAGUUCGAACCGCAAACCAUUGCUUUCAGGCAUAGCUACGACACGAUGUCGAGCCGAGCUGAGCCGACUACCUAUUAUACCUGCCGACUCUUUUUUCUUCUUCUUUUUACACAGCCUCCGGGCGAUGACACAUAUUGACAAUGUGGUCAGUCACGGAAGGAUAGCUGAAGCAUUUGCAUCUCCGAGGAGGAGACUGCGUGUACGAAAUACCCUGGAUGGAAUUAGACAUGUUGCGAGUACAUGGAUACGGGGAGUAAUAAUUGCAAAAGUUCGGCAUAGCUCUGCGAGGGAUCAGCAGAGGAAGGGAAGGGAAAGGACACAGGAUGCGGAACGGUUAAAAAGGUUUCUCCCAGGAUUGCAUCAAGCCAGCCAUUGAAGGAGCGGAAGACGGAUACUUAUUGUUGACUCGACUCGAGAGAGAGGUGGAAUCAUGUAAAUUAUAGAAAUGGCUCGUCGAGUAUACUUUUGAAGCCCGGAACACCCAGAGGAAAGGCCUCGUUGGGAAUGGGCAGCAGCUGGAUUCAUGGCUGACGGAGGAGGUUGAUCUGAUAGUUGGUGAUGAUUCUGACGACGAAAUGGCAUGAAUAUGAUAUGACCAGUUCAAGU